CGGGGUUAUGUGCCACAUGUGUUUCCUGUGAAUUUCAAACUUGUUGUGAGACAUGAGAUACUUACAGAUUUACUGCAAGGACAACUACAUUUUAUCUUUAUCUAUCUUAUAUGAACCUACACACGCUAACACUUCCGGUGUUCCACAUGUAUGAUUUUCUCUUUGAUGAGAAUCAUCACUUGACCAGACCAAUGCCUUUGUGAAACUUUAACUCUGCUUCGUUUACUGUUUGUGACAGUGUGUGACCCGUAGUGAGGUGUCGGAUUUGCACCCUCGCUGCAAUAGACGAUCUUUGCACCCUCGUUGCAAUAGACGAUCUUUGCAGGCUCUUCACCAUGCUGACUCUCUGCGUCAGAAACGUCCUGUUCACAAGAUUCCCGUCCCAGAGCAGCAGCGACGCUCUGCAGCUCACUGUGAGACCCUGCAGCUCAUCCAGGGGUCAGGAGGAGGACCUGCACCAGGCCAGGACUCUGCUGCGGCUCUGCGUGGACAGGUACUUCCUCUCACCUGGUGAAGCCAACAUGGAGCUGUUCCGGCGCGGGAUGAGCUGCAGGUACGGACCUCUGGGCACCGAGCUGAGGAGAAACCUGCUGGAGCAGUGGUGGCACUCUGUGAGCCGGACCACAGCUCAGGUGUUUGGGAUAAACACCCUGAGUAGCAGCAGCGGGGACACAGCCACAGGUGCUCCAAGAAAACUGAACAUUGUUGAGAAUGAACAUAUCAAACAAAUAUUGGAAGACAAAGAACUGAGUAAGGAUCUGCUCAUCCAGAAGAUACAGAUGCUCCUUCAGAGAUCACCGACUGGAAGAACAAGCUGCCUUCAAGGUGCCUUGGAGCAGUUUGUUCCUUCGUUGGAGCUGGUGAACAGGAAGCUGCCUUUUGGCCUGGCAGAGACUGGUCUGUGUUUUCAGCCCUCAGGUGGCUCUGGUUGCCCCGGUGAGGUCACUCGGGCGUCUCUGGUUUGGUUCUGCUCGGCUCGUACCUCCUCUCAGUGGCUGGAUCACUGGACGAGACAGAGGCUGAAAUGGUGGAGGAAAUUCGCCCUGUCUCCGUCAGACUUCAGCAGUAGCGACGUGCCCGGGGAGGAGCUGGAGAAGGCGGCGUCCCGCGGGGUGAGGAUCAUCUACAGCUUCCCGUGGGGGGAGGAGACGCUGGAGACGCUGUGGAACCGAGGAGACGCUGAGCUGCUGCGGACACACGGAGGAGAUCGCUCCAAACUGCAGUGUCGAGACGGCCGGAAGUCAGUCCCUCACGUCAUCUCUGUAAGCGCCAACGUGGACCGUGGAGCGCUGGCUUUUCUAUCCAACUCGCUCCAAAUGCUCAAGAAAGAAGACAGCCGACAGAGGCUGCAGCAGAGGAAGGUUCUGAAGCUGCAUCCAGUGCUGGCUCCGGUCAAAGUGGCUUUAGAUAUUGGCAGAGGAGCGUCUGUGGAGCUGAGACAGGUUUGUGAAGGGCUGCUGAAGGAGUUCAUGGAGGCAAAGAUCUCGACGUGGCCCGGGUAUCUGGAAACAUCAGCGGGGCAGCUGAACGCAAAGUAUGACGAGAUGGGCGUGCUUUUCACCAUGGUGGUCAACGAGAACACGUUGGAGAGCGGCCUCCUUCAAGUCCGCAGCAGAGACACCACCGUCAGAGAGACGAUGCACAUCUCUGAGAUCAAGACGUUCCUCUCCAGAUAUGUAACCGCUGCCGACAACGUCUGAGGGAACAAACCCUUUGUUUGGGCAACUCAACAGAGCUUCAGGAUACUGUGGGGGUUGGCACCAUACCGGAUUUUAGACGAGGCGAUACUAGAAAACAUCCAACGAUAUCAAAAACUAUUCUGAUACCAUGGCAACAAACAUGGAUGUCCUACUGCUGAAUCCAGAUGUGUGUGCGGUCCUUUUUACUGAAGUCAGUGUGUGUUCUUCCUCUGGCUCCGCUCUGCUCCGUCUCAGCUCCGUCUGUGCAGAUUCCUCUGCAGCAGACACACAAGGCUUCUGUUUGUGCAGGAUGCCGGAGCACGGAGCAUCAGUUUACCACAGGGCACAUCGAGCGGGACAGGAAGUCAGACACAGAAACAACAUUAAAACAUCCGGUUUAUUUUGCGAGUUAAACACUGAGGUUGGGUUAGGCACUCAAUGUUGGAGAAUUUCCGGUUAUUAAUUACCAAAAAACUGCAAGCAAACUCCUGCACAUUGUCUUUAUUCAGUAAAAAUAUGUUAGACAUUGUCGCCUUCAGAAGAGUUGAGCAGACACACAUCAUGACAUUUAACUCAGUGGUAAGUAAAAUCAAGUUCUUUUUCUGGAGAGCUCAACUGACCUCUCAUCAUCUCAGGAUUACAACGCUGAUUCUCCAGUGAUAACGAGGUCAUUGCAGCUUUGUUAUCACAGGAAAAGAAGUAUUGUUACCCUGAGACAAUGAGAUAAAUAGGUCAAAAUGUAAAAAUGAACACAGUAGUGUUAUCUCGAGAAAACAGAUUUAAAAGAGAGUUCUGCUUAGUGUGUCUGUACCUCCUCAGCUCUGUGUGUUUGUAAGAGACGUAAAGUUUGAGUCUUUGUGAGACGCCUAAAGGACUUGAGAAACAUCCGUACCAGCAGUCUAGGAUUUAAACAGAUCAUUGGCUUUGUCUCAUCUUACAGCCUCCUCUCAAAGCUCAGUUCUCAUGUUUUUAUAAUGAGUGGUCAGGUCCAUGUCGCUGACUGAAUUCUGAUGCUUUUUAUUAAUUUAUAUUAAACGUUCUCUUUGAUAUUA